AUGCAACAAUUCCAUGGAGGUUUGUGGCACUGGCAGUUUGAUGGAAAUAUUUAAUUAAUGAAUGGAUCAAGUAACCCAUUAAGUGCACACGACUCUCUCCUUACUUAAUAAGUAAAAUUGUCUGGUGUCAGACAGGGUAAAAUACUAAAGUAGGGCAUUUGGGUGCAUUGCAGCUUACAGUAAUUAAUGGGUAAAUCAGUUAUUUCAAACCUAAUAUAUCUAUUUAAUUGUUGUUUAUGCCUUUGAUAUUGAAUCAACAGGCUAUAUACUAUUGUUCCAAAUAAACUGUGAAACAACCGUUUUUACGAAGGACAUAUUUGUGUACCUUGUGAUCACAAUUCGUUGCAAGCGGCGUGUGAAAAACUGCAAGUUUCAGUUUGACAGUUCUGACAGUUAAAUGAGUUUCUAAUUUUAUUGUCCAAUCAGAUGCGUAACUACGCACCUGAUUGGACAAUAAAAUUACCUUAUUAUAGGAAAUUAACGAUGCACUUUAUUAACACGGAUUUUAAAAAUUCGCGUUAAUUUAAUUAUGUUAAUUUAUGUGAUCGUUAAUUUUAAGUAUGUAAUUUUCAUUUAUCAUUAGUUAAAAAUACCUAGACUUGUUUUAUAUAACACUAACUCUUUUAAUAUCAAAAUACAGCAUAUUAACGUAAACUAAAAACAUCAGUGCUCCUCUUAACAUUAAACCUUUGUUAUUGUUGCGUCUAUAUUUUCUAAUUCACGUUAAUUUAAUUAAUUUGUCAACCAUGGAGAUCAGAUUCGCGUUAAUAUAAUCAUGUUUUAAAAGACCUAGAAGCAAUCCGUGUUAAUUUGAUGUCGUGUUAAUUUAUGUCGCGCUAAUAAAGUGCAUCGUUAAUAUCCUAUAAUAAGGUAGAAACCAUUUAUUGUCAAACUGUCAAACUGAAACUUGCAGUUUUUCACACGCCGCUUGCAGCGAAUUGUGAUCACGAGGUACACAAAUGUCCUUCGUAAUUGACAAAACUGUCACUGACAAAACUGUCACUGACAAACCGCCUAAAAAACGGUUGUUUCACAGUUUACUGGGAACAAUAGUAGUAGUGGUUUGAGGUGCUCAUUGGGUUGCUGAACAAGAUAAUGACAAUUUACCAUGCAUCAUCAGCUCGUAAAUAUACCAGUCGUGUCAGUAGGCUGUUGUGAUAUAUUAAAAAAUACCAAAUACUGAAGAAACUAUGGACAUAUAUUGAUAUUUUUCAAUCCUGAAGUCACAAAAUACUCAACCUAUUUUUGCCAAAACUUCAAGACAUGAAAAUAAAGUAAAUAUACAAAAAAGCACUCUUUUGGCACUUUUAGGAAGCAAAAAUUAUGUUUAAUUUAAUUCCCAGGCCAAUGACGCUCCCGCUGUUCCGAGUGUACAUAAGCCCGGGGCGAGUGUACUAAUUCUGGAUGGCCAUUUACACCCCGGAAAAGGAAAGCAUUAGCAAAGUCUAAUGUUCAUCAAUGAUCGUGGGCACAUCACUGUGUGUGGGUGGUUACCCUCACUGAUCUUAAAAUAUAGCAAGAGUUAGACUGUCACAAAUAGUGAACAAUGACUGCUCAAAUUUUAAAUUUGCAUUAUAACAAGCUUUUGACAAACAAAGCCGAAAGACUUGCUAAAAGAAGGGAGCAAAGACGCCUUUGUUUGUUUUAAAUAUGGAUGUAUUGUUUGCUUAAUAAUUACUUUAAAAACUGAUCGUUGCAUUUUAUGAAAAAAGCACAUAAUUUCAGUUUAUAUUUAUUGAUUACCCUUUUUUACUACAGGUGUAUAUUAAAUUUUUUAAAUAAAGAUGAAAGCAAAGUUAUUUGAAUGUGAGAAUUUGAAAUAAUUUGAUUUCAAACUCAAAGUUUAUCAAUAAAAGGCAGUUUCGUUUUAAAAACAUUUUAAUUAAAAAUGUUUUGCAAAGCAUUUGUGGUUGAAUUUUACACAUUAAAUUAAAGCUUAUAUUACGUAUAAUAACAUACCUACUGUAACAUACAUAUGUUUGGGAAAUUGAUAAUUUUAUAAUUAAUUAAAUUAACUCAUCAACUAGCAAUGCACCCUACUUUAGUAUUUACUCUGUCUAAUGCCAGACGAUUUUACUCGUCAGUGGUAGAGUACUGCCAGUAAAUGACUUAAAAGUGAUAUUUUAGGGGACCUUUCAAUUUUAAAAAUAUGCAACUACUUCUCAUACUUCAAGUUUGGAAAAUACAAUGAUUUUGUCAGCAAGGCAAGGGUUUCUGUAUGCAUGUAUUUUCUAGUAUAACUUUAAUCUAUGCAGUUGCAUUUGUGUUCAAGUGUUAGGUUGCAUCGCAAAAACAUCCAUUUACAUAGGAAACUUUUAUCAUUCAUGCUCAAUAUCAAAAUGCUCAAUGCUCAAUACCAUUAUUACCAGUAGGGAUGGAAAGUAGUAGCUGUUGAGAUGCAUCGGCAUGAAUAAUCAGCACCAGCAAUAAGGAUUACUGUAAUCCUUACCUAACCAUGGGUAACUCCUCUAUCCUCAAUGACAACUACAGUGUAACAUGAUGUAAUGAAUAGAACUAAGCAAAUUACCAAAAAUAAUUCGUCAUGGUAACCUUAAAUUGUCUACCUGGUUGCCUUGGAUACUGACGCCCACAACACCAAGUAAUGGAGCUAUGCAUGCAAUGCAAUAAGAGCUACAAAAAAAGUUGACUACAAGGCGUGGGUGAUAAAAACUGUCUGCACCACUCAUUGGUGACUAUAAACCCAUUGAGCAAUGAGUACCAACACUUUCCCCUUGACAAGUAAAACUGUCUGGCAUUAAUUAAAGAGAUUAAAAUAACAAAGUAGGGCACAUUAGGGGGUGUUUAUAUGAGCCCUACAUAAAGGGCUAACCCUCAAGAGGGCUGAUUUUGCUGAUGUAAACACGAGGUGAAAAACAGCCCUACAGUACAUGGAGGGCUUGCUCUUGAUGUAGGCUCAUGUAAACAUCACAUUAGGGCACAAUUUAUUAUUUAUUUAUUUAUUAGUUUCGCCAUAUUACAAUACACAAAACUAUAACAAGAACAAGAAUAAUAUACAUGACUAUAGGCAGGGUGACCGCAACAGUGCGAGCCAAUUACUGUGAGCCGGAAUUAGGACAUACGAACAUAAAAAACUAUCUAAAUAAAACUAUAACUAAUAGCAGCACUUAAGAGGUUGAACCAGGGUCUUAGCUAGGAUUUUAGAUCUUGGGCGUGUUCCUAAAUGACCAGGGUGUGCACAUGUCAAUUACCUUGAAUAGCCAAAUUCAUGGUUCUACAACAACGGACAAUGCCUGUGGUUGUUCUAUGCUUUGCAACCAAAUACAAGGCGAGCAUAUACUCAUAUUGCACACUGACAUUAAAAUAUUAAGUUAUUUCAGCAACUCUUGGGGGUAUUUAAAACCACAUACGGUUCCCAUUAUCCGUCAAAACAUUAAAACAUCACGAAUCACUUUUGCCAAUUUCAACAACAAUAUAUUUUACAAACUUUCUUAUGACGUAAAUAGAAAGAAAUUCUGUCUGUUGUAAGUAGCACCAUCUUAUUUUAUGAACUUACACAACCUUAUAUAAGGGCCUGUUCAUAUGAUCCCGCUUACCGGGACGUCUCGCUUACCGAUGAUCUCGCCGCCUAUCUAUUUUCCUAUAAAAUUUUGCAUUGUGUUCAUAUGAGAAAGCGAGCUGGCCCGCUUGCCGAGAUCUCGUUUGAAUUUGCCGAGAUCAUAGGUAGGCGGGAUGAAAAUUUUCCAUAUGAACACGCCAGCCCGCUUACCGGGAUGAAGUGAAACAAGUCUUGCCGGUUUAAUUUAACACUUUUUACUUGGUUUUAUGUUUGUUUUGUAAACAAGUAUUAAAUAACCACCUGAAGCAAUACUUUUUCUUGUAAAUAAACGAAGAAAAACACUAAAAUCGCCAAGUAUUUGUGUUGCUUGACUGAAAUGUAGAAGUUUUGCAUACGCUAAUUAUAGAACUACAAUGUAAUUUCAUCUCGGCAAGCGGGACGAAAUACUCCAUAUGAACGCACGGAAAUAUUUGUCUCGGUAAGCGAGACGUCCCGGUAAGCGGGAUCAUAUGAACAGGCCCUAAGUAACGAAGCCGCAUUCAUUUUAUCUACCUGUGUUUUUCAAUUCUUGGCCGUGAUAACACGGCCCUCUAGCUAAGACAGGGUCCGAUAUCCACGGAAUACUGAAAUUUGGUUUUGGAUACUAAGUUUAUUUUACUUGUAUCCCGAUGGGAUACCACAUUUUUUUAAAAAACGGGAUAGCAGUUAAUGUUUUAGUAGUCUCCCCACAUUUUUGUUCAUUAAAUAGUGCUGUAACACAAGUCUAGCAUUCGUCUUAACGUUGUAUUUAUGCAUGUAGUCCACUCAUGGUUGAAUUCGCGAGUCGCCAUUUUGAAUAGUGUUUCCACAUUGAAACAACUGUCCAGAUUUCAUUGAAAAGAAUCUUUUUGAAGUCAAGAAAAGUCUAGCCUGCGUAGCAGGCGGUAUUCGCGGGCACGAGAAGAAAAGUCAAGAAGAUUGUAAGGAAAUUUGAAGGUCGAUAGUUAGCAAAGUAGAAAUACAUUUUUUUUGCUGCCGUCAUGAACUAAAAUACUCAUAAAUAAUCCAUGCUUUCUUGUGAUAUUAUGUAAAAAAUAUUUAAUUAAAACCACCAAAACUCCUGAUGCAGGCAAUGGUCUUCAUGAUAAUACAGCCAAUGAUGAUGAUAAUGACACUGUAGUUCCCGUAGUUCGCAUUUGAGUGCAUACUGAUAGCAUUAAAAAUCAGAGAAGUUGACACUUAGACUUUAAUUUAUAAUUAAAUAACCCUGUUAACUGUUAAGAAAUUGAACAUUUGAACUGUAUAAGUUCCUUUUAGGAUUCUAGUAUAUUAAACAUAAAAUGCGAUGGAUGAAAAUGCUUGACUAAGAGUAAGCCUUAGAGUGAUGUUGGGUCUGGCCCUGUGGGAUACGAAAAGCCAACUAGUUAAGUAUCCAGAUUUGGGAUAACGGAUUAUCGGGAGGGAUACCAAAUUUUAAAACUUUGGUAUUCAUGUGGAUACUUAAGACCCUGUCUUGUUCACAAGCUGUUGGUUUGACGAGCUUGUAGCAAGCUUGUACAUGUGAACGAGUUGUUGACACGGCUUUGCUAUACAAGUCUGCUGCUGCAGGUUUGUUGCAAGAAGUUUUUACGUGUGUAACUGGUAUAGUUACAGAAUGAAUACAUUUCAUCAAACCAUGCCUUGUCUUGAUGGUUUGAGCCUUGACGUUUGUACUAGCUCAAGUACACGUGCUAAUAAUUAUCGGAGUUCCAUGAAAUGUAGCCGAAAAUGUUGAAUUAUCGCAUCCUGUAGUUCCAUAUUAUUUCCUCUUUUACUACAGAAAACAAAACUUGUCUAAACCAUCACACAAAAUAUUUGUUUCCUUUCUAUCACAGAACUAUGUAAUAAUUACUAUAAUCUUAUUAUCACUAACUGAAUCUAAUUUCCCCAAUUGUUACAGUAAUUUACUCCGGUUAACUCGAAUUCGCUUGACUCGAACUCCUCGCUAACUCGACUACAAAUUUCAUUUUCCCAUGGUCGAAUUUCACCCGGUUAACUGUAUUUUUGAAACGUGGAUCGGCAAGCCUCAAAAUGCCAGAACACAGCAUAUUGACAAGUCGGAAGCUUGGGUUUCUAUUCAGCCACCAUUGAUUUAACAUUAUCAUGAAUAGCAGGGAAACUACAGCAGUAAAGGUUUUCCUGUAAAUGUAAUUUUAAUCUUUAUCAAACGAAAUCUCCUCGCUAUUUAGGAGUGGUCGGUCGUCAUUCAACACUAGAACGUAAGGAAAGCGAUCAAUAUCUGAUACCUGACAAUACGAAACUACUGGAGGUAAAAAUGUUCAUUCUUGAUUAGAAUCAUAAAUCAGUCAUAAACCUCUUAUUGACCGUAGCGAAGUUUGCCUGUAUAAGUGAAUGUAACUAUAGGUUUAUUAUUCCCGCUAGCUACUAAGCCAAGGUGGCUGUUUAUAUGAGGCAGGCUAUAGCACGCUGAUUCGUGUCACGCAAAUCUUUCCUUUGCGACAAGAGAAAAUUUGGAUUAACUUAAAGACAAGUUUACUUCUAAUCUAAAUGGAAUAUUUCUGUCAACAUUUUCUUGGGAAAGACAUGGAAGAAGCUUGGCUCAUACCAGCAGCCCUAAUUAGCUGUUCGUUGCAAGCGGUGCAUCAAUCUUGAGGCAUGCAUGAGUCCAUUUUAACUUUUAAGAUCAACUGAAACGGGUCUACUUAUUUUAAUAGCAAGAUAUCCUGCAAGAUGGUUUUCCAUGAUUAUGAUUUCCAUAUACAGUACCUACCGGCCGGAGGUGGAAAAUGUUUAUUUUCUUUCUGAGAACUUGGGUUUAGGGCUCAAACGUUUCUGCAAAAGAUUACAACAAAUAAGGAAAACAAAAUGGUCGUUUGUGACUGUUUUAAAGUGCUGUUUUGUGAAGCAAUAUAUGUCUUCACGAUGAAUUCUAAAGUUGUCCUAGUAGUCUUACAGGAUUUGAAACAUUUGGGUUCUCAUGCAUGUUCCGAUACUUCUCCACGUCUGAUCGCUACACCAACUUCUGACGUUUCGCUCGAAAUUUAGUUAUAUUGUUCCAUGUCAUUUGGUCCUGUAAUCCCUCAAGUAUAUUUCCAUAAUUAGUUGGGUUUUUUUUAAUCAGCUUUCACUGACGCCUGAUGAAGAGGAUUACGAGGAUCUAAGUGGCGCUCCUCCUCCGGGUAAGACAUUCCAGGAUGUUAGCUACAGACAAUAAUUCGGCGUUGUACGCUGUUUUUCAGUUACGUUUGGCUAGCAAUUUCUCAAUUUAGGUCUGCCGAAAACGUAACUAUUAUGAAAAAAAAAAUUAAAAUAUAAGAUUGUUCAACUACAAAACUGUGCUCAAGAAGAAUUGGGAACCAGAUCAUGGGCGCUAUCCCUAUUUUAUUUGGGGGGGGGGGGAGUGUAAAUGAAAUUUUGCCUUGUCAUUUCUUCGAACGAGUCAUUUCGAGUCAGUUUUAGGAGGAGAACACUACCCCGCUUCCAUCAAAACCCCCAGCCUCCCGUAAAAUUCUUGAUUUGUCUCCAUGAAAUAACAUUUCCGCAUUCAGACAGCACUUUUGAGCAAAAAUAUUAAAUACUUUCUUCCUUUUACAGACAGUUAAUUAUUCCCAUUUGCCAAUAUUUCUUGAAAGCAUAUUGUGAAAAAUAUAAUUGCGGAGAGUUUCAAAAUAAUUCAAUUGAAGAUUGAGUUUUUACUACCGUAUACGGGUAUACCGGUAGUGGAAAAACACUUCUUAUUAAUUCCUGUUUAUAAAGUUCAUUAUAUUACUAUAUUAGGAAACAAAAUGAUUGUAUUAAAGCAAUGCUGAUUUGUGCGAAAGGAAAUCUCAUAUUUCUCAUAUUUCUAGUAAAAUUUGUAAAUCCAUUGGACUUAUUUUUAGAAGUAGUUUCUGUCUCCUUGUAUGCAUUGGUGUAUCCUUAUCUUCAAUAUUGUAACAUUUGUUGGGCUUCUAUACCUAUAUAUACCUAUCAAAUUUAAAUCGACUAGUCAUUUCACAGAAACGUGUUGUUAGGAUACUAAGCAAGGCUAAACUAAGUCUGAUUCUCAUACCGAUCCUUUGUUUAAGGAACUCCAACUAAUAAAAUUCCAUGACAUUCGUAAACUACAAAUGGGUCAAUUUAUUUUUUCUUGGAAAAAUAAUACCCUACCAUAUUACAACUUUAAAUUAAAGAUAUGUUUACAUCUAAUGAUCAAUUGCUUGGCCUUAAGAGAAGGAGAGUUCCAUUUUGCAGGACAAGAUUAAGGCAAUUUUCCGAGUACGAUUUCAAGGUCCAAAAUUCUUUAAUUCCCCGCCAGAUGAAAUCACGUCUGUGUCUUCUGAUUCUGUGGGCAUUUUGAUUGAGAUUGAGAGUGAAUGCUUUAUGCAAGACAAUUUAAUGCUGUUGGUUGCCAAUAAUUUAUUAAUUUAGCCGAUUAAAUACAAAUGUCUAGUCAUAUUAUGAAGGAGUUUAAAUUCAAAAUAAGCUUUCUAGUUUCUAUAUAUUUUAGACUCCCUCGCCACCAAUCAGUUGAAAUGUUUGUGUAAUUAUAUUUGUUGUAUGAUUUGUGUAAAUAUCGGUGGUAGAUUUAAUAAAUUCAAAUUCAAAGGGCUGUGCCUCAUCGUCAAAUAUUUGGUACUUGAGUUAGAUAUUUUCAAGUGCUUAAACGUUCUUGUUUUGUCUCCAGGUCAUCCUGACUCUGACGGGCAAGAAGAUUAUGUCGUGCCUGACACAAAACCUGGCGCAAUCGGUUGGUAAACUUCUAAUUUAUAAAUAAAAUAUAGCCUAUAGUAAAAAUAGGUACGCUGAGUGUACAUGUGCCCGCUGUGACUAUGGUCAGUCAUUUCCAGCUCUUGAUAACCAGUCUCUUAGUUCCACGGUUUGUGGCUAUAAGGUAUGCCUGUUUUCGGCACACCUUAUAGCCACGGUUUAUAGCUAGUGUGUGUGACCGGUGUGAGCAUGCCUAUACAUGCCUGUUUUCAGCAUACCUUAUAUGGUAAGCGACUGUUUGUGACCGAAAACAGGCAUACCUUGUAUCCACAAACCGUGGCUCACAGUCAGUGGCGGAAAUCUUGGUGGGGGGGAGGGGGGCGGCCGCCCCCUCACCUUCCGGAAAAUUGACGAAUUUUCGGAAAUUUUGAUCUAAAAGAGGGCUAAAAACAGUCUUUUCGAGUACAUAUGGGGGGGGGUAUGUCGGAAAUUUGAAAGUUUUGUCGGAAAUUUAGGAGGCUUUGCCCCCCCCCGGAAAAAGUGAAUUUCCGCCACUGCUUACAGUAUAAGGUAUAUGCUUAAAACAGGCAUGUAUGAGUAUGCUCAUGACUAUACCGGAUUUUGGUACGGGGGGGCAUGCUCAAGAGUAUACUGGAUUUUGGUGUGUAUAUGAGCAUGCUUAUGAGUAUACUGGAUUUUGGUGUAUUUGCAUGCUUGCGAUCGGGUUAGCCUGGAUGAGGGGAUUGCCUGUUUCGCUGAACCUGUAGCCUGCACCACGUCUGCACCCGCCAUGCCUUAAAACUCGCCUGACAGCAGAAAAACUCUGCACCCAGGGUUUUUACAGGCUAAUCUAAAUGAGCAGAUUUAGAGUGUAUAAUGUUUUAUAUUUCAGUACCACCGCGGCCGCCGAAACCUUCGCAUGAUACGAAUCCUUUGCCUCCCUCGAAGAAGAAUGGACACAAAGGACCCAAAGCCCCUAAGAAGAAUAAAAUUCAAAACUUACAAGCAAUGCUUCAAGAGCAGGUAUGAUAACCAAUCUCGUGCCCAGGGGAUUUCUGCACUGAGGAAAUAACUCGGGUCAGUGUGGUAAUGUAUAUUGUAGUAAAAAUAUGUCAUAAAAUAUAUAUUUUAAAAUGAAAUUUACUUGCCUAUUUAAUAGUGUGUGUUCUCCUUUUAUUCCUCUUUUGUUGGACUAAUAUUUUCCGAGACUUUACACACUUUACAUAAUACAUGUAUACCAGUAGCGGCCGCAACCAUCGAGUGCAAAGUCUUGGAAAAUAUUAGUCCAACAAAAGAGGAAUGAAAGCAUAACACACACUGUCAAAUAGGCAAGUAAAAUAGAUUUGAAAAUAUAUAUUUUAUGACAUAUUUUUGCUGUAAUAUACAUUACUAUACUGACCCUUGCAAGAUUGGACCGCCUGUGGUUAGCCAGAUAAGUCUGAACUACAACCUUUGAACUUAAGAAUCUACUGCCCAGAUCUGAGUAGCGCAGCUGGGGGUCGAGAAGCAAAGCCAUGAAUUUUCACAGACUGUAUUACAGCAUAUUAUACUGUACACAGGCUAGGAUGCGAGCUCAAAUUCAAAUUCAGUAACAAAUACAUCAAAUUAUAUUCACAUCAUCAAUAUACCUGACCAAUUUGCGCAUGUUCAUACCCUUUACCACCCCGUUCAAUUACCCAGUUCACACUUUGGAUAACUCGUAUGCCUCGUUACCACUGUUCUGAUAAUGUAAACAAAUAUCUCAACUCUUUAAUACUUUAUGUCAGUGACCUGAGUGGCAACGGGGAUCAACAUGCGUUAGCUGAUUACGUCUGUAGAUUCAAUAAAUUACGUAGAUUCGUAAGAUUACGUCUGUGUAUUCUAGUCUACAAACUAUUGAUAUUUUGAAAUUGUUUGUUUCUUUAGGAAAAUUACGAACCUCCUCAGCCUCAAAGAGGUGGGAUUUAUGAAUAUACAAUUUAGUAUUUCAUCUCACCAUAACUUAAUACAGUUGGGUUUAGUUGGAGUUUUCUCCUGUAGUAUACUACACUCGCCAAUAUGGGAUGACCCUUACUGGACUUUUCGAGAAAAGAGUUUUGAGGUUUCAUCCUGUAGUAACACUGGACCAAUAAUGCAGGAUGAACAUCACUGUACCUCUAGGGAGAACAGUUUGGAAAUAUUGGAGCUAUAAAGAGAUAUAGUUAGUGUACACGCGUAAAAACGCUCAGGUUGAUGCAAUACUGAUGAAAACAGGAUUGAACAAUGUUUUGUUGCCCACAUUGUUCAUAGCUGUCAACAAUAUUGAACAAUGUUGUUACACCCGAUUCAGACUCAACAAUACUGUUCAAUAUUGUUGACAAGUGUGAACAACGUGGGCAGCAAAACAUUGUUCAAUCAUGUUGAGCAGCGGGCUCGGCGUUUUUUUCCGUGUAGUUUAGGUUUCUUUCUGUCAAGGCCAGAUUUUGGUUGAAAUAUUGGUGAGGUAGACCUAAGCAACCGGAAAAUGUCAAAUUUUCACUUUGAUCUAUCAUUGAAGCUUUCCCAAGAGGAAGUGCAUGACAUUUCAGGGGAAGUAGAAAAAUUCUCAGGGGAGGUGCGCACCUCUACACCUCCCCUCAAAAUCCGGCCAUGCUUUCUGUAGUAACACUGGUCCAAUAAUGUUUGAUCCUUACUGGAGAACAGCUAAGAACUGAUGGAUCUAUCCGGCAUAAGUUGUCUAAUGAUUUUUCUCAAAGAUUUAAAGAAACACAAACCACUUCCAAGUGUACAUCCUCAUGCUUCUGGAUCUCCAAAGCCUCCUGCCAAGGUAUUGUAGUAACAGUUCAAUAUAGGAAUGGUUGCUUGCGACGAGGAGAAUAGUCGGAUUAAACAAUGGAACAUUUUCAUGACUACACACGCAAAAAUUUCACAUCUUGUACACACGUAAAAACGCACAAGUUGUUACAGGUCUGCAAACAAGUUGUUACAAAUUUGUUCACAAGCUGUCGACAAGUUAGGUUGUCUUCACACUUCUUGUUCCCAGCUGUUGUAACAAGUUUGGAACAAGCUGUCAACAACUUGUAACAAGCUUGCUGGGAUUAACAGACUUGUUACAAGGUUGUUCUAACAAGUCUGAUACAGUCAUGAUAUAACAAGAAUGUUACAAGGUUGACCACACAAGAUUGUAACAAUACUGAUAUAUCAUGACUGUAUCUGACUUUGUUGGAACAAACUUGUAACAAGUCUGAUAAUAUCAACAACGUUGUUACAAAUUGUUAACAGAUUGUUCCAGACUUGUUGACAACUUGGGACAAGCAGCGCGAACACAACUUGUUGACGGCUUGGUGGCAGACUUGCUACAAGAUGUGAGACCUUUGCGUGUGUAGCAAGUCUUCCAACAAGUCAACGAGUUGUGUUCGCACUGCUUGUCCCAAGUUGUCAACAAGUUUGAAACAACUUGUUAACAUGCAGUUGUAACAACCUUGAUGAUGAUAUCAGACUUGUUGCAAGGUUGUUCCAUCAAGUAAUGACAUAACAAUAUUGUUACAACCUUGUAUCGUCAACCUUGUAACAUUCUUGUUAUAUUAUGACUGUAUCGGACUUGUUAGAACAACCUUGUAACAAGUCUGAUAAUGCCAUCAAGCUUGUUACAGGUUGUUAACAGCUUGUUCCAAACUUGAUACAACAACUAUAGGAACAAGUAAUGCAAACGCAACUUGUGGACAGCUUGUGAACAGAUUUGUAACAACUUGUGCGUUUUUACCUGUGUUUAUUGUGACUGGAUAGCACUAUUGAUAAGGUUACAGAGAACACCUUUGAGUGUUAAUUUUGCCUAAAAAUUUUUUAUUGGUUUCCAUGAAAGCAUUAGACUAGUUCUACUAUCCGACAAAGUUUGGACGAAAAAUGUUGAAAACUCGCAGAGUUAUUUAAUAAAAUACAUUUCGCGUGCAAUAAGAAAACAUUGAAAAUGUAAUAUUCAAAUUCAAUUUUCUCGCGAAGAAUUUUACGGCAAUUACUGAUUUUUAAACGAGUUGUGCUCCUGCGGGUUUUAACGAAUUUUUCUCAAAUUUUCACAGGACAUAGCUAAAGACGUCAGUUUCAAAAUUGUGUUCGGCUUUGUUCUAAUUUUGGAUAUUUUAAUAAUAAGGAGCAAUUCACACAAACGAUUCAGAAAUAUAUUGCAGUCGUCAAAGAAAUCGCCAUAUCAGUGGAAUGACGAAAUAAACAAAAAUUUCCGAACACAAUUUUUUAGAACAACUAUUUUACUGUAUAAAAAUGAUAUUUUCAUAAAUAUAUCUUAAAACCAGCAGGAACAUAACUCAAAAGCGUAAAGGUACCGCGACUUAAUAUUUUCCUAAAUAAUUCUUACAUUAUUUUAUUGUUUGUCAAUUUUACAACUUUAUCAUAUUUUGCAUGCACUGGCUCUAACAUUUGGUGAAAAUUUGACGAAAAUCGGACUGAUUUUGAGCGCGUAGUAGCGAUUUUCCACAAAACGCCAAAAAGGGUGUCCUGUAACCUUAACUUAUGCUAAGUAUUUUGAAACAGGUCCAUUGUAAGCGGUAUAUACUAUGUAAUGAUAAAAUGCUUGUGUUUUUAAAGCACUUGUAUCCCCUUCAAUCUACAGCUUUCUUAUUAUCGACACUAGCACAGACCACUGUGAGCGGUAUAUACUAUGUACAGGACCGCCGAGAGGGAGUGGGCAAGAGGGGCUCUUUAUCCCGCGCCCCCAGCUCAAAGGAGCCCCCAAAGCAACGAAGGCCCGUAAGAUUUCUUGAUACAAGAUUGAUUAUUGUAAAACACCGCUUCUCCCGUUUUUCCCCUGGCCCCGCGGAACCUCUCGGCGGCCCUGACUAUGUAACUUUGGGAGUUCGUUUUGACAAUUUGACAUUUUGUUUCCGCAGCCGGUCCCGUCAAAAGCUCCCGCACAGCCACCACGAGGUAAGUAAAUUUUAAAUAAAUAUUACGAUAAGAGCUAAACAAACGUAUACCCCAAGAAACAAUCAAAUCAUGCCUUACGUACCAUCAUAAUAGCGCACCAAUGAAUACCACAACAGUGAAUACCACAACAAUGAAUACCACAACAAUGAAUACCAUCUGAAUACCAAUGAAUAUCAUCUACGAUACUGAGCACACGAUAAUCAUGCCUUCCCCUAGUUGACAAGAAAUGUUCUCUUGAUUGUUUGUAGUUUCCAAGAAAAUAGAGACGAAACCGCCUAUCCCGGAUGAACCAGAACAAGAAGUAAGAAAGUUUUGGUUUAAUGAAAUUUUAUAUUAGCGAGUUUAAGCAAGCAACGUUCCUGAGGCAAGAGAGGACUGGAUUAAAAACUGUGUUACCCUAACCCUAACCCUAUGUAUCAGUUUGUGACAAAUAGUAAGAUUUUUGAUGUGUCGACUGUUUCCUUGCACGAGAGCUAUGAUGCCCUCGCUUAAGCUCCCUAUUCCUAUCAGCCUAGACCAUUUGCCUGGCUGCCUUUGGCAGGUUUGGUCAAUUUUGACUAGCAUUUGGUAAGUAUGACGUUACAUGCGAAAUGCGUGUCUGUACCUCUACAUACUUAAUAAAUCUUGAUUAAUAAAUCUAUCUAUUGUAUAGGACCAGUAUGAACCCCCCGAUUUACCACCAUGUAAGUUACUUGAUUUGCACAAUUUUCAUAUUCAUUUUCAAAAACUGCCUUGCCUGAUAUAUUUGGACGACUCGAAUUUUGAGUUGGAAAGUUCGCUUUAAUUCUUUGGUUUCAUUUCACCUCCAAGUUUCAUGUAAAGCGACUCGAUUUGUUUUUGUAGCAACCGGCAAGAAACCAGCAGUGUUCAAACCACCUGCGUUCAAACCACCUGCGUUCAAACCAGCUCAAGUUCAGGUAAAAACAAUAUUUUUUGAGUUGAUGAUAGAUGUGUACAUCUAAAUCAUUUUCAAUGUUUGAUGAUUGUUUUAUACCCUGUAGGAACCUCCCGCUCGUCCAUGUAAGUACAUAUAGUUUAAUUUUGCUUCUAUCAUAUCAUACCAUAACAUACCUUACCAUACCAUGCCAUACCAUGCCAUGCCAUGCCAUACUGUACCAUGCCAUGCCAUACUGUACCAUGCCAUGCCAUACCAUACCAUACUGUACUAUGUCAGAGUACUGUGGCAUAUUGUACCAGAGUACUGUACUGUACUGUACCGUACCAUAUUACUGUACCAUACAAUACCAUCAUGCCAUAUCGUACUUUGCCAUACCGCAUUAUAGUCAUACCAUCAUGCUAUACCAUACCAUGUCACACUACUGUACCACACACACCAUACCAAAUUAUACCAUGCCAGACUACUGUAUCUUGCCAGAUUACCAUACCAUACCAUACCAUACCAUACCAUACCAGACUACUGUACUGUCCAGAUACUGUAGUAUAAUAUGCCAUACAAUACCACACCAUAUCAUACCAUACCAUACUAUUCCAUGUCGUACCAAACUGUACCAUGCCACACUACUGUACCACACUAUACCAGAGUAUACCAUGCCGGACUACUGUACCAUGUUGUACCAUGUCAACUUGCUGUAGCACUCCAUACCAUACCAGAAUACUGUGCUGUUGCAAAUUACUGUAAUAUAUCAUACACUACAAUACAUUGCCAUACCACCGUACUUUACCAUACUAAAUACCAUACCCACAUCAUACUACAAUACCAUAUUAUACCAUACCAUACCAUACCAUACCAUACUAUACUAUGCCAUUACCCAUACUAUAGCUAUACCUUACCAUACCAUACCAUACCAUACCAUACCAUACCAUACCAUACCUACCAUACCAUACCAUACCAAACUAUAACAUGAUAACAACUCAUGAGCAGACAAGCCCCACUAACAUAUGUAAUACACCAUAUAGCAUCACAACAUACUACACCAUAUCACACCAAUUGGCAGCAUGCCAUUUGAUACUCACGAUUUCUCUCGCAAAAAUCUCACAUCUUGUAGCAAGUCUGCCAUGCAACAGGCCGUCAAUAAGUUGUGUUCCCACUGCUUGUCCCAAGUUGUCAACACGUUUGGAACAAACUGUUAAAAACUUAUAACAACCUUGUAAUAAUGUCAUCAAGCUUGUUACAAGUUGUUGACAGCCUGUUCCAAACUUGUUACAACAACUAGGAACAAGCAGUGCGAGGGCAACUUGUCGACAGCUUAUGAACAGAUUUGUUGGCAGACUAUAACAAAUUGUGCGUUUUUUACAUGUCAUGCAUAUCAAAACACACGAUGGUAAAAUCUCCUUGUCAAUGCAUAUUUGUUCAGUCAUCAAUAAGAAGAAACCGCCUAAUAAGAAGAAACCUCCAGAACCAGAACCAGAACAGGUACUCUCAUCUCAUUUCAUUUCUUUACACAUUAUUUACGUUUAAAGUGCACCUAACCUUAAUUAUUUUAACAUCUCAUUCCUAAGAACCUUUGAAAUGAUGUUGUAACUUAUUUUGAAGAUUUUCGUUUGCACUCUUUGUCUCUGAGAUAUUUCAGUUUUGUUGAUAUGCAAAUGUCCGGAAUUUACGUCACAUAUGAAUAAUGACUGAUCAAAGAAUGUAAGGUACAGUUAAAUAUCAUGAAAUAAAAAGGCUAAAUGAUGUUUUACAUAGGUAUGUAAUCCUCCCACAACUCCAAACUUCAUUUUAAUGAAUUAAACUCGAUAGUGAAUGCGAUAUGUAAGCUUUUACUUUAAAUCAUUAUGCAUUUGUGACGGAAAUUCCGGAUAUUUGCAUACCAAACAAACUGAAAUAUCUCAGAAACAAAGUGAGCAAACGAAAGUCUAGCAACUUAAGAAAUUCAAGAUAUGCUGGGGUAAGAAAACCGAUCGGAGAAUAGUAACUUUUGUUGUUGAGAUUCACCAUAGUUUUGGGAAAUAUGUAAAGAGCAAAUAUGCAUUGAUUUAUUUGUGUAAGAUGUUGAAGUAUUUUAGUACAUAAAAGCCCUACAAAUAGUAAAGUGAAAGCAUGUGUAGACCGUGGUUUACCGCUGGGAAACGACAAAAUGGCGGUCAGGCUGGGGGGGGGGCGACUUUCUUGUACUCUUGUGGAACAGGUUUUAUUUUGGGGAGGCUAAUAAGUUCCAGCAUGGAUAAUAAAAUAAACAUACCACACAUUGGUGGUUUAUUUUAUUAUCCAUGGUUCCAGCUAAGUUGGGAGCCAUAGUUAAGAUUUUCAGCCAAGUGCAAACACGAUACGCAAGACAUUAUCGAACUGCAACAGGGUAGCAUAAUAGCAGCGAUGAAAACUAGGGGGUCCAGGGGCAUGCUCUCCCGGGGAAAAUGUGAAAAAUUUAGGCUUGGAAAUUCCAUUUCCUGCACUUUCCGGCACAGAACUAGUUGUUCAGUUGAAGAAUUUGGAUGAGAAAAUGCUCCUGUCUACACCAGACAUUUGUGGCAUGUGGAUUAAACAAUUCUCAUAGCAGAAAUUUGGGACCGACUUUUGAUACAGUCGCAAACAAAACUGAGACCGACUUUUCUGAUUUUCGAGUGCUGGGGUGGUUUUCUGAUUUUCGAGUGCUGGGGUGAUGACGUCAGGCGCCCCUGAUGGCGGUAUACCCGUACCCGUAACCUGGGUAUCUUAACGUCUUCAUUGAUAUUUCGAUAUACGAUAUAUUUUAGGAAACGUACGAGCCUCCAGACCAGCCAGCAAGACGUAAGUUUAUCUUUGGACAUUUUUCUACCUUCUGGUAAUUCUAACUGUACCAUGACAACAUGUCACGUGAUGAUCACGUGAUAUGGAAUAUGGAAUGAAAACAUUCAUUAUUUGUAUACUAUAGUACUAUACCACAUCAUGCCAUAUUGGGCCAGACCCAACCGGGUCAAAAUAUUAAUUUCAUACUUCACCGCUCCUUACCAAAUUGAUGCAAACCAAAGCUGAUGAUACCAUUCUUAUAUUCCAGAUCCAAAGAAACCAGCAGUAAAACCUCCUGUUGAAAUCGAACAGGUUAGCCUUCCGGACUCUAACUGCAACAGAGUAAAAUACUGAAUCAAUUUAUUUUAAUACCCUCUUAUUUUCUCUUUUAUUCAUUUUUCCUAGGAAAACUAUGAGCCUCCAGAACCGCAGAGAAGUAAGAUUAUAUAAACGAUAUUUUGUUUGAAAAAAUAGAGGCAGAUGCGCGGCCAGGAUGAAACAUAUAUAUUUAUUACAAGCUUUCGGCUACAGAUUGGUAGCCGAAAGCUUGUAAUAAAUAUAUAUUUUUGGUCAGAGAGCGUCGAUUUUAUUGUUAUGAUAUUUUGUUUAUUUAUUUUUCAAGCUCGAUAUAAAUGUUUUUCUUCUAUUUUCCCAGGAAGCAAACCAGUUGUCGCUAUGGAUCCUGUAAGUACAUUGCAUGUCAAAUUUGGUAUUACUUCAUAUUCAUUUAAAAU